UCAAUACGAAAAACUAAAAAAAGGAACCUUUUAAAGGGGCUUUUUGCCUCCUAUAUUCUAAUAAUAAUUGGCCAUCGGGUUUAAUCGAUUAUUCACAUACCGUGGCAAUCAUUGAAAGCAAACCUCGUAAAUGCCCCUAAACGUCACAUUGACAUUUGGCAGAUUCAAAUUAUUUCUUUUCUUCGUACGUUCCGACCUUCCUUUCUCUAUACGAAUUUUAGUCGAAAAUCUCACUUUCACCUAUUUACGCGAUUUAAAUUUUAUCACGCGCCUCGCAUUCCUACCUUGCCGAGUACAGCAAUUUUUGCUAAUGAUUGCAUACUGUUAUUUAGCUAAAAUAAGUUCUUAAGUAUAGUAUAGAUAUCUUGUAAUUAUACUAUUUAUUUUCUAUUUAUCGUAUUGAUAAGGAUGUAGGGCUGUGAUAAGAAGUGUGCUGAUGGUAAACAGAAGAUAUUGGAGUUUCAAUUGACAGGCAACAAGCAGGAGUAAAAGCACCAGCCAUGCAUAUGUGGAUGUGGUUUGGCUACGAUCUCGGGCCCUUCCUGUUCUCCGGCCUCGACAUCACUAAGCGCUGGCAAUUCGCCCUCACCUGGAUAGUGCUGUUUGUGGUGGCGCUGCUGUUUGAAGCUUCUAAGGUGUACCUGGCGAGAGUGCAGCGCGCCGCCCAAAAGCAGCUGUACCCAUACAGGUCUGAUGAGCGACGGAAUCUGCUGUGCCGGGACCUCCCCGUCGAGCCUGGGACCAGUCGCAACGCCAGUCACGGCCAGGUGGGAAGAUGGGCGUCUUUGAGGACCAGGAUGCUAGUGAACACCCACCAGACGUUCGUAUUCGCGGUCCACAAUAUAGUCGGUUACCUCCUGAUGUUGGCUGUGAUGGUGUACAACGUGGAGCUGCUGCUGGCAGUGGUCCUCGGCAUGAUGACAGGUUACUUCCUCUUCGGCUCGAAGCUUACACGGCUCCAAAUGCAGUGCUUUCGCACAAAACGCGUUGUGAUAUGCACUCCAGAAUGCGAUGACACAGCUGAAACCUCCACCCCGCCGCUCCUGGACGCCUCUCUCACCACGGAGUCAGAUUACUUCAUCUGCCAAACGCGCACCUGUAUCCAGCCCUCCCAUUACUUCCGCGCCAGCACUUCCCAGGAGACUCCAGCCAGCUGUCACUUCGGUACCAAAUGUCCGUCUAAAGUCGCUAAAGUCAAAACAUUACAGAAACACUGUGUUGAAGAGGUAGAAGACGCCCAGUUGCUCGCUGACAGCUGUUGUACAAGCAACAAAGAGAAGGUGGAGGUCCACCAGCCUUCCAGUUCGUGCUGUAAAGAGGAUACUCCUGAGCAGGUGAGAGAGGAUAGCCCGAAGAUAAUUUGCUGCAGCGCGAAAUCGACGCCAACUGAUAGUCAGGAGCAGAUUAUUUGAUAGGUUAUUUUGAAUGGGGUUUUAAAAUAUUGUAACCAAAAGAUUAAUUUUGAUGUUUAUGUAAUCGACUAUGUUGUCAAAAAGGGAUUACUAGAAUAGAACCAAGCCAGAAUGUGGAAAUGCCACUUUAUUGUUUAUGGAAAUAUAAGGUUUAUAUGACAUUUCCACGAUUUUACACUUGAAAAGUUUGUACAGAGUUAAAUAUUAUAUUCUUUACAAUUGGACUCUGAAUUAUUUAGAUUUUUAAUUGACUUCAUGGAGGUAAUUUAAAAUAUUAGCGUUUUUUAACUUUCAUAGAGAUUUCUCAUUUAUCGACUACCGGUCCACAUAUGUAUAUCGAUGAAAUGCAGAACACAUAAUAUUAAAAAGUUAUAAUAGUUAAUGGAUAUUUGACUGUAAAAAAAGUAAUGUAAACACAUAAUAUGGAAAAAAAAUAUAUAAAGUAAACACUGAAACAGACUUUGAAAGUGAAAUUAAUAAAAAAACAUCUAAAGUAAUUAAAUGUGAAAUAAUUAAAUUUUCAUUGUUUUUAUUGCACAUAUCUAUUUCACAUUUUCAAUUACUCAAAAAUUAUCUGGAAGAGAUCGCUCAUCAGCUAUAAGAUCGCUUGUUAUUUACCUCUACUUUUAAUGAUUUAUUCUACAUUAUAUCGAUAUAAUAUAUAUAGGUUUAUCUAAAGUCGAUAAAUGAGGUCCCUAAUGACAAUUUGAACUGCCACGAGAAUUCCGGUGUCAGAUAAUGUUAAUUGGGCUAAGUGAAAUGGAGUUAAUCCGUUAAAUCUUGGACUAAGUACAUUUUGGUCAUACAGAUAUUUGACAGCUUUUUGUUUCGGAGGAGUUGUACAGUCAGCAUCAAAAGUAGCGGAUCAAAUAACGUUUCAUAAGUAUCUACCAUUCUGUAACAGCUUAACAAAAAGUGAUGUCUUUAUGUAGAACGAUUAAGACUGUAAAAGAUAUACUUUUGAGCGCGAAUUGUAGAAAUUUAUCUACAUUUGGAAAAGUUAUCCGGAAUAUCAGAUACUUUUGACGUGUUGUUUCAUCCGCUACUUUUGAUGCUGACUGUACACAUUUUUUGUAAGGGAUGAUUUUUUGAUGUUUGAUAAAAAACCGUCCGAGAACUAAGUAACGGAACGUGGUAAAAUAUUAAAAGCGAAUAAAAUAUAUUAUUGAACAAAUUCAGAAUAAGUACCUAAAGUGUGGACGCUAAAUCACGAAAAAUUUCGUACAUUGAUCCGGCGUUUCCUAUCUCUUUCGCAAGCGCAUAAUUAUAUUGCUGUCCCGCUCACACGGUGGCAUUGACGGCCGACAGGAGGAUCAAUGUACCAAAUUAUUUGUGCCGUUUUAGACCGCGGGCCAGGAGCAUAUUUCGCCAGUCAUCGCCUCCCGGCUGAUGAUAGUUUAGAUGCUGUUUUAAGCCAAAAAAACCGUCAGCUGGUUCUAUCGCGGUGGAAUGACCGUCAGCUGUAAAAUGAACAUGUAAAAAAUAUGCGCCUUACCACUUUAUGUGCGGCAAAGUAUGCGUAAUAUGUAAAUUGCUUAAUCCGUUGAUGGCUUUUCAGGCGUUUACACCUUAUGAAAUGCUACAUGCAAAGUUUCAUGAUUUGUUAUUUCUAUCAUAAAAGGUAUAGCGCUUAUUUUUGACAUGUUCAUGCGACCAGCUGACGUUCUUACCCCCGCGAUAUAACCGGCUGUCGAUUUUUUAAAUUAACAACAUCAUCUGAACUAUCAUUUGACAAAGUAUCAAACGGGAGGCCUUGACAAUUUUGUUUUUUGUUUUACGUGUUUCGGUGGCUGCCAUUCCUCAACCCACGGAGCGGCAGCUGACGUCCACGAGGGUUCAUCAUGCCUAGCCGUUAACCACUAUACGAGUUUGCAGCCGGGAGGCGAUUGGUCAUGGAAAUUGUUCCUGGCUCGCGGUCUAUUCUUACUUUAUCUAGGGAGUCAAAAUAGGAUGUUUCUUCCAAACAAUAUAUGUACAUAGAUUGAUUUACGUUUUAAUUCACAAAUACGAUCCAUGUUACUUAGCCAAACAUUAGACAUUUUAACCUUUUCGACGCCAUGUCAAACACAAAAGCCGUCACUCGGACGCAACGUCACCGAAGUGUCAAAACUGACAUUGAACUUUAUGCAUAUGCACGUAGGUCUAUGUUGCUCUGUGGUUUGUGACGGAGCGAAAUAUGUAGUAAUCCUUGCCAGUAAAUUAAAUUUGUAUUUACCACUGAAAAUCCGCAAUAUGGCUUUUUUAUACCACAUCGGUGGCAAACAAGCAUACGGCCCAUAUGGCCAAAUAAAAUCUUGUCAGGGUAUAAACAUAUUUUUGAUUGUAAUUUUUUGUCGAUUGUCCCUUGACCGAGGUAAGUCACUAAGAUGCACAAAAAGACGAUUUAUUAUUUUAGAAUAGUUUGUAAUAUAGAAAUUAUCCAAAUGUAUAUUUUUGUAUAUGUAGGUGCUAUAAUGUAUAUGUUGUUUUACUGUUCGCACGUAGUGUGUAGAUAUGACUGAUCCUUUGUACUUUUAACAUGACAGUAUAUUUUUUUAUGAAUUUAUCCAAGUAUUGGUAAAUCCUGGUAACAAUUUUAGCAAUACAAAAUAAUGUUAAUAAAUAUGCUUAAAGUAUUGAAAAAUAUUUAGCCGCAAAUUUUGUGGUAGCGCUUGUGACGUAUUUAGCUGGGCUACUUCAGCUGACAACUUUACGUUUACAAUAUGUAAACUUUAUUAUGUAGUAUGAAUACUAUGAAUUCUUUCUGAUGAUUUUUACGUCUAAGACUCUUAAUCUGUUCAAGAAAAGCCAUUGUCUUUUGUGCUAGCCAUCGGUUCCCGUUUUGAGCGCGUGGCAAAGCAACAAUAUCGAUUAAAAAGCGGCUGUAUAAUGGUGGUUUUAAGGUUCAAAUCUAUGUAAUAUUAUGAGCGCUCGCCUGCAUUGAGGUUGAUCGUCCUACAUUACCAAAGCAUGCUACAUGUACAUAGAUUUGAACCUUAAAACCACCGCGAUACAGCCACUAUUUAAACGACAUUCUUGCUUUGGCACGCGCUCAAUACGCGCGCCGACCGCUCGCACAAAAGUAACAAUGGCGUCUGUUUAACAUUAGGGGCGUAAAAAUCAUUUGAGAAAAUUCUCAGUUUUUCUUUGUCUAUGAUUAGUUUGAAUAGCAUUCAUAUCACUUGUUUUUAAAUCAUUGUACAUUUAUUUAGGAGAAUGGCGAAGAAAUUGUUAAACAUAUGAGGCUUGUUUUUAAAUUAUUACGGCUGUAGGCUAUUUUAUAUAACACUCCAUAAACCUUAUUGGAAUUAAAAUAAAGCUUAUUGUUAAACGGUAACCGCGCGCGUCUGUGGACGUCUUUGGCGUUUAAAGUACUCUUAGAACGUUACGCGUAUCGUGCGCGCCGCGGCAUCGUGAACCUUGUCGGAAUGUACGAAGGUUCAUAUUGGGCUGUAGCGCGCGUCUGUUUGACGUGAGAGACCUGAGAGAUGGGGAUUUCAUUAAUGAAAUUGACUCAACGUAAUUUUAGUGUGGAUUCUAGUUCAUAUUUUGUAUUGCCUAGUUAUAUAUCGAGUUAAGGACCGACUCUCGCGUCGAAAUGGUCCUUAUGACAGAUCCUUCAAGUUUCUUUAGGUUGGGAUUAAUUAUAUAUAAUAAUUUAAUAAAUGUGGUUAUAUCUAAUUAUUACUUAACUAGUGUGCUAAGUUGGUCAGGGCCGGAUUUAGGGGAGGGCAACCGGGGCUACUGCCCCGGGCCUCCACAAAAAAGGGGCCCCCACCAUAGAGAAUUCGGUAAAUUUACCAUUUUAUUUGGAAAAAAUUUGGGGCCAGGGGGCCUCCACUCCUUUAUUGCCCGAGGCCUCCAGACCUCUAAAUCGGGCAUUGAAGUUGGUCAUUACACACGAGGCGUGUAAUGACCAUAGUACACGCGUUUCAUACGACGUUUUUCAACACACUUGCGAGGAAAAAUUAAACUUUCAUAUUCAUUUGUUAAAUCGGCUUGUAAAAGUCUUGCAUCGGUCAUACUGCCUGCCGCCCCUCGCCCCUCGCCCCGCCGCCGGCUCCCUACAGUCCACGUUGUCAAAUCUACUCGACCAAUUUAAGAAGGCUCCGUUUCCAUACAUAUUAUUAGCAAUCAGUUACCUUCUCAACUCAGUCGGAUAAUAUAAUGAAAAAGCACUAUUGUUAUAAUAUACUGAAAAAGCACGCGUGUUUAAUAUCUAGAAUUAUGAGCCAAAAAUCGAUGGAAAAAAAACGCCGUUUUGAGCAAGUGUGUUGAAAAAUAAUUUACUAAACUUCUAGAAAAUGUCUACGAACAUUUUAUACGUCAGCUGCUCCAUAUUAAAAUGAAUUGUCAUAAGGAUCAUCAUUGAUGCGAAAGGUAUACCACACCGCGACAUGAUGCAGUGUAUAAGAUUUUUGCCUUUAAUCUUUUCAACGCUUGAUGUCAUAAACACAAACAUCAUAAACGACAAGUUCCCAGGCGCAAGGGAGCUAACCUAAAAGAUCGAAGAUAAAGGGUAUUUGAUAUAGAGGUGGAUUGUCAAAAACUUUGUAGCCACAGUAAAUUUACUGCCAUCUUUCGACACAUGAUUAAAACUUUUAGAACACAAUUUGACUUUGAUCCUUAAUCUUUCACUGGUAUGUGUUAAAUAUCAAAAAGUGGCGCCAUCUAAUAGAUCAAAGGCCAAAGGUAUGGCGGCAUCGUUUCGAGCGAUGGCGCCACGACCUUUAGCCGAUGCCCGGUAAGAUGGCGCCACUUAAGUCAAAUGGCGUUCUAAAAGUUUUAAUCAUGUGUCGAAAGAUGGUAGUUUUAGUAAAUUUAUUGUGGUUACAAAUUUUUUUUGACAAUCCAACUCUAUGUCAAAUUCCCUUUGUUCGAAGUGAAAGUUACUUUGACAGCGUCCGCCAUAACACAUAUAGGUAGUUGUCCUUGGCGCUGUGGGCACGACUAGUAACGACGCCAUUAGGCGUUCUUGGCGUUCAAAAGGUUAAAGCAGAGGUGUGGCCAAUCCUUUAUUGUUUGUUUUUAGUUAUUCCCACAUGUUACCACGACUGGGAGUAACGUUUUUGCACUAAGCGGCAUGUUCUAGAGGUACAGUCAGUAUUACAGGGUGCCUAGCAAAGAUACCAAUCGUUUGCGCUACGACAACGUCACGUUGUUUCUCUAUCGCACUAAUAUGAGUAAUAUGUAAAAGUGAUAGAGAGACAGCAAGCGUUUCGUUAUUAUAGCGCAAACGAUUGGCAUCAUGGCUAGGCAACCUGAUGUGCAAGUUGCGGAGUUUCCAAAAAGUUGUAAAAUAUCUAGGAAGUUUCGGGAAAAAUUCACAGGAAACAAGGGAAACUUUAAUUACGGUAAUGGGAAAUUCAGAUGACAAGUUUCCGAAAUCUUUUCAUGUGGAAAUUUCGGAAUUUACGAAACUCCGACAAAAUAUCUGUACCUAGUCAGUAUUAUGAACUGACGCUGGAGAUAUUUAACGCUUUUUGACCGCUACAAUCUGCGAGCAACACCGGCUUUCGACACGUCGGAAGGGGGAGUCCAAGCAAUAUCUUACCAUACAAAUCGUUCUGCCAUUUGCGGGGGGAAACGUGCGCACAGUCGCACUUCUCACUCGCUACAUACAAAAUCCAGUCUAUAAUGACGACACAAAUACAUAGAAAAUAACACACGUCGAAAACAAAUCUUGCCAACCUCGAUCGCUUUGUGUACCCACGAGUCACAACACAGCGCGCUAUGCCCAGUUGGGCAUGUGCUUCGGCAGAGGGGAAAAGUGCGAAUGCCGACCUUGCCGGUGUUGCUCGAAGGCCACAACAGUUUAUACAACAUUAAUGGUUAACUUUAUUACAUUUAGAAUGUAUUAAUUGUAUUGUAACAUUUGUCGGAUAUAACCGACGGUGGCGGUCAAUGUGUUAAGAAUAACUUGUAGAUUCAGUUAACCGUUUCUAGUUUUUCAUAACGACACUACAUUACUACUAGUACCUAUUUUUAACCCUUUUAGUGCCAAAGACGCCUUGACUUUUUUACCUAACGAUCUAUUUAAUCUAAUUACGAGGAACACGAAAAUUUUUAAGCGCGCAUUUCUGAAGCCAAUAGUAGUAAAAAAUGUUGAAUGAGUUUAGGACGAUUUCCCAAAAAAUAACUUUUUUGACGUGACAACGUCUUAUAAGCCGGGUCUUAUAUGGAGCCGGCUGCACGCACGACAAAACCGCUCGUUACCUCGCUCUGAGGCGUUCCAUUUAAGGCUUGAAGUGCAAGCGAGAGCGUGCAACGAGCGACAAAGAGGCACAAUCGGCCUCCGCGUUCGGCAGCGUUCGACAUCUGUAUCUCUCCUACUUGAGUGAGCGAUGCGUCCGCGUGGACAGCUGCUAUAUGUACAAUAAUACAUUUACAUGUUUUCGUCAAGUAUGAAGUCAAAUAUAUCCAUACAAAAUAUCUCACAAGCAAAUAAAAUUAAAAUUUUCUUUUGAAAAAUGAAACCAUUCCAUCAGUAUUUUCUUAUGACGUUGUCACGUUCAACUAUCGUCAGUAAACCGACUUUAUUUUUAUAAGUAUUUGUACAUUUAAAUCAAAUGGUAUUAGUAAACCUGUCACUUAAUUUUUUUUUGUCAUAAAAGCUAGUUUUUGCAAAGUGUUAUUGGUCACUUUUUUACUUCUAUCAAUGAAGAUAUUUAGACUACAUAUGUCCCAUAGAAGCAAUAUCGCCAUCUAAAAGGCGUUUAGCGCUGAGUAAUUUUUAAAAUACUUGUUUUUUUUUUUUUUUUUCAAUUGGCACUAACUCUGAAACUAGGCAAAUUCCAGAAAAGUUUAUAGGACAUUUUAGUUUUUAAAUAUAAUCAGGAAUGCACUAUUAAAAUCUUUGGGGUUCCUCGUGAAACAACGUGAUUGAUUUUCUUUUAGCAAAUAAGUCGACUUGACUUAUAGCCAUACAUCGGAUUUCAGGGGGCAAAAUUUUAAUGGCACAAAAACUUGUAUAUGGCAAAAGCAUCGAUAAUUGAAUUUUGCUCACUAAAAUAGCGUUAAAAGGGUUAAAUUCAACUUGACAGCUGUCUGUGCCAUUUCCUGAGACUAGUAUAUUUUUGUUCGCUGUAUUGUAAGCUAAUUAAAAAAUUUACCUUUAAACGUGCCAAAUAUAUCUAUUAUUUUUACUUGUGUUGUUUAACCACUUAGAAAGAGAUAAUAAAACAAUUUUCAUAUUU